AUGUUGAGGAAAUCGUUCUCAAGGAUUCUUCGUGUAUUGGAGAUCAUGUUCUUGAUAGUGAGGAACUCGCCUGUAGUCAUUGUUUGUAGCAUAAUUAGGUUCAACGAGAUUGUAAUAUCUUCAAUGAUGGAUGACACGGGAGGAUCUUCAGGAGUCAACGAGAGCAGCGAUUGGUUGCUGGUGGCAUUUGCUCUUGAUGUAAGAGUCAAAUACUUGAUGCAUAACGUUAAUUGCGGGCUGAGGUCGGAUAAGGCCACUUUGAAGAUCGCAUUCGGUUUGGAUGGCUGUAAGAAUAUUGGUCAGCACGUUGGAGCCGUAAUAUCUGGUGAUAAUACGGGAAUGUUGAUGCACAAUGUCGGCAAUGGUUUGGUACAACUGGAACAAUACCUGUGCGUAGAAGCUCGAGCGGACGUCUGA